AUGUCCUUAUCAAAACUUCCCUGGAAUCAUUUCGGUCCUCACCAUCCCUUCCCCGAUAAACAGAAAUUCACUAGUUUCUACAGGGACUCGCUAGUUGCGCCUGCGCUACUACCCCCAUUGAGCCUUUCCCUUCCCGCGGUUUUCACCCCGGUUUCCACCAUGAGUAACUCUACCAAUAUGAAUGCUCUCUCGCCGGAUGAGAUGGAGCGCUUCCAGAAGCUGUCCAAUAACUAUGAGCCCGAGAUCCAGGGUCCAUUGGUUUCCCCCAAACAAUCCAGUCAUGGAAUUGCCAUGGAAUAUGCCGAUGCGGAUCCUACUUUUAUCACGAAGACGAAUGCUCUUGCGAUCACCCACCCCAUGACUCGGAUUAUGAAGGGAGAUGGGAAUUGUGGAUGGAGAGCCGUCGCAUUUGGUUAUUUCGAGACCCUAUUCAAUUUGCGAGAUACCGUUCGUGUAGAGCGGGAACUUCGACGAUUCCAGUCUCUCAACAGUCUUUUGGAUCGGGUCGGACAGCAGCAAGAAUUGUACGAGAUCUUUGUCGAUGCGACAGAAGAGCUCUUCGCGCAAACAUUGACAGCCAUUCAUAAUGGUGAGCACGAUGAAACUUAUCUGGUCAAUGCAUUCAACGUGGAAUACAGCUCGACGGCUGUCAUUACUCACUUCCGGCUUUUGACGAGUGCAUGGAUGAAACUGAAUCCACACAGAUAUCAGGCCUUCCUGUCUUUGCCAAUAGACCAAUACUGCAGUUCACGAAUAGAGCCUGUCAGGACCGAGAUUGAUGAAGUGGGACUGCAGGCUUUAGUCAGCGGUGUGAUCGAAGAUGCUGGGCUUGGAGUCGAGAUUCUCUACCUCGACAGAAGCGAGGGAGAUAGUGUGACACCUCACCAGUUAUCUCAAAAUUGCCCUAGUGGGGCAACCAUCCACCUGCUGUAUCGACCUGGCCAUUAUGACCUUCUCUACCAACCCGAACCCCCUCCGAUAAACAUGAGCCCCAUCGUUAACUACCAGUACGGAAUGACUUCUAACUAUACCCCCUGGGAUCAAGGCACUCUCUCCUUCGACGUGCACCCACACUUGAUGUCCAUUCCAAACCUCAUGGCGGACACCACAUUUGGCGGAAUGGGUGCUCCAAUGUCCCCAAUUUCUUCGGUCUCUCCGGCUCCAACUAGUCCAUUCCGAGUCUCUCCCACACAGGACCUGUACCAGUCCCCCAUGCAGAGUCAUGCAGCGGUACCAUCCAUGCCUCCUGUCUCUUCGCCUCCACCUGUUAUUCCGUCUGCGGCGCCACCGCCUAUGACUUCCUUGCCGAGUCGGUCAUCUGAUGGGCCGCAGAUCCGGCUGAAUCCGUUAGUCAUGAAGCCUAAUUUGAGUCACUCGCUUCCAGUGACUACGCCUUUCAAGAAUUCACCGUACAAUCAAGCGCAUUUUCAAAAUUCGGAUUUUGAACCCAUUCAUUGGGAACCGAGCGACUCGCGACGAUGA